AGGUGUCUUCUUCUACCGGCCAAAAGCAAAAGGAGGGCUCUUUCCUCCUCCUUUAAAUUGAGUUCUGGAUUUUAGUGUCUUUAAUCUCCCUGCUUCUGGGUUUUAGUGUUUUUGAUCAAUAAAAGAUUGAAUCUUUAUCAGUGUUUGGACUCCCAAGUACACUUCAAUCAUCAAAGCCUUCUGUUUUUUUUUAGUCUAAUAAGUAAAUCUUCAUCAGAUUCAGUCUGGGUUUUCUCUGAUUGUGGAAACCAACCUGGUUUUUUGGAGAGUGUGAUGAGAUUCUGAAGUGAGGUUUCCGCUGGAGAAGUUCAUCAAUGGCAGCAACCCAAGAUUUGAUAGAGGUCAAAUUCAGAUUAUCAGAUGGCAACGAUAUUGGUCCACAUAGAUAUAGCCCAGCUGCAACUGUAGCAUCACUCAAAGAGAAAAUACUUGCACAUUGGCCCAAAGAAAAUGCUCCACGGACGAUAAAUGAUUUGAAGCUUAUUAAUGCGGGAAAGAUACUGGAGAACAACAGGACACUUGCUGAUUCUAGACUUCCGGUUGGUGAACUCCCAGGAGGUCUCAUCACUAUGCAUGUGGUUGUGCGUAUUCCUGUUCCAGACAAAAAAAGUGAUAAGUUACAGAAUGAUUCACCAGACACGCCUCGAUGUUCAUGCACGAUAUUGUAGCUCAAGGUAACAAGCAAGGCAGAGGUUCCUCGGAUUCAUCUUUUCACGGCUUUUAUUCUUCAUUCGUUGCUCUUGCUCAGGUCCCAGUCACAAGUGGAAGCAAGAAGCUCAUAAACCCGUCAAGUCUGGCUUUCCUUACUCUGAAUCUUCUGAGUUCCGUCUGUAAUACAUCUCUUCUAGUUUUAUAUUUGCUAUGAAACAAAGACAAAGACUACACUGUUGCCUUGGGAGCUUCUGAUUUAUUGGCACCCAUGCAAACAAAUGGUAAAAAAAAAAAAAGCAAAAGAAAGCGAAAGAAAU